AAUUUUCCUUCUCUCUCAGGAACCCCUAGAUGAGCAUUCUCUCUCUAAAAGUAUCAACCCCAAUUCAAAAUUGGGAGCCAUGUUUCAAUUGUAAGGGGAGGAGAGAGAGUGGGGAAAUCAGUGCGCUUUCAAGUAUUGUCCUAAAUUAAGCAAUUUGAAAGCAUGGAGAAUCAACAGGGCUCAGUGAAGGAGGAAAGAGAAGAGAAUGAAGAGAUCGAUUUUGGGGAAGAAUGGGGAGGAGGAUCCUCCUCUUCUUGCUGGUACUAUUGUGCUGGUGAGGAGGGUGCACCCAUGGGUGCGGGUGGGUCCGAGCCCAUAGUGCCCAGGCCCAUGGAGGGGCUCAACGAGGUCGGUCCACCCGCUUUCUUGACGAAGACAUAUGAGAUGGUGGAUGAUCCUUCGACUGAUACAGUGGUGUCGUGGGGUCCCAAUCGAAACACAUUUGUAGUUUGGGAUCCGAAUGUGUUCGCGUCUCUGCUCCUCCCCAAUUACUUCAAGCACAGCAAUUUCUCCAGCUUCGUGCGCCAGCUCAAUACCUAUAGUUUUAGAAAGGUAGAUCCAGACCGAUGGGAGUUUGCAAACAAAGCCUUUCUCAAGGGCAAGAAACACCUCCUCAGAGCCAUCAAAAGAAGAAAACCAUCUCAUCCUUAUCACCAGACCAGCGCGCCCUCGAACCUACAAGUGGGUGCAACAGGGCUCGAUACUGAGCUCGAGCGCCUGCGCCAAGGCAAGGAACUCCUGACCAUCGAGCUCGUCCACCUUCGCCAACAGCAGCACGCCUCUCUAGUCCGCCUCAAUGGCCUUUCUCAGCGACUCGAGCACACCGAGCACCGUCACCGCCAAAUGACUGACUUCUUGGCCCGAGCCAUGCGCCACCCCACUUUCAUGCAAAACCUCGCCUCUCCGGCCCAACCCCAGAGGACCGUACUCCCCGCAGAGGAUACGACCAAGAAGAGGAAGGAGUUGGAGGGGUCAAGCUCGGGCUCCGGCUCCGGCUCGAGGAUCGAACCGUUGCUGCGCCCGUGCGGGUUCGACGAUGACGACGAUCCUUCCUUUCUGGCGGAGCUCUUUGGCGAGAGGUUCGAGCCAGUGUCGGAGCCCACGUGUGACCCUGACGUGGACACCCUGGCUGAGAAGUUAGGAUUUCUUGGCUCGGGGCACGAGCCAUAGACGCAGUUGAGCUCACGCCUCAUUGCUUUACACGUGCGCAUCCUCCAUGCAGCAACAUGGCAAGGACUUAAGAGUCUUAAGAAAUCUAGGGUUUUCAUUUCUUAGCUUAAUGUUUUUUGCGUUGUUGAAGCAGGCUGAAGCUCGAGGCUGGGACCUUAUUUUUAAUCUCUUGCUGAGGGGGAUGAACGGUUUGCUAUGAAGAAUACACUGGUUUGAUGUGAUCUCCACCGUCCAAUCUACCCAUUCCACUUCUCCACUAAAUGAUCUUGGUUUUGGUGUUUGCUUUGGCAGGUGGGCUGAGAUCGA